UAUUUACCCGAAUAUCUACGUGGUUACGCUGAUUUUAGCAUCUUUCUGCUUCUUUGACGUUGCGCACAGUGAUCAGCUUGCAAGAUUAAAGGGACUAAACGAUAAGCUGUCUGCACUUCGUCUGCUUGCUGUCUGCUUUUCGUCUGCUCAGUGAUUUGGAACCUUUUUUUGGAGUGCUAAUCCUGAUGACUAUCAGCCAAAAUGCCAGGGAAAGUGAAAGUAAAAAUACUGGCAGGUCGGAACCUGCCAGUGAUGGAUCGUUCUAGUGAUACAACAGACGCUUAUGUUGAGAUAAAAUUCAGUAAUACUACCUACAAGACAGAUGUGUGUCGUAAGUCUUUGAACCCUCAGUGGAACUCAGAGUGGUACAGGUUCGAAGUAGAUGAAGCAGAGCUGCAAGAUGAACCCUUGCAGAUCAGGCUCAUGGAUCAUGAUACUUAUUCUGCCAAUGAUGCUAUCGGCAAAGUUUACCUCGAUUUGAAUCCUUUGCUUCUACCUGGGACCCCACUACCUGUAAAAAAUAUGUGGACUCUUGAAGCUUCCAUGAGUUCCAGUUCUGGUACUCAAGGAGGCUCCGUAAUGACUGGGUGGAUCCCAGUUUACGACACUAUGCAUGGAAUACGUGGUGAGGUGAACAUUAUUGUGAAGGUUGAGUUAUUCUCAGACUUCAACAAGUUCAGACAAUCGUCAUGCGGGGUCCAAUUUUUCUGCUCGCCUAUUAUACCACACGGAUAUCACGCACAAGUGAUUCAUGGUUUUGUCGAAGAAUUGGUUGUCAAUGAUGACCCCGAAUAUAAAUGGAUUGACAAAAUUCGAACCCCUAGAGCAUCGAACGAAGCUCGACAAACUCUGUUCUUCAAACUGAGUGGAGAAGUUCAAAGAAAAAUUGGAUUGAAGGCCUUAGAUCUUGGGGGUAACGCAGUCAUCGGAUAUCAUCAGUGCUUUGAUCUAGAAGGAGAAUCUGGAAUAGUUGCUAGAGGAAUCGGCACUGCUGUUAGUCUGGUUAAAAUGCACGAUGUGUCUAGCGUGCCUGUGGAGAAUAUGACUGCUGAAGAGCUUGCACUGCUUGGAUUACCCCGUAAACUGAGUUUCGAAUGCCUUGACGUAGACGAGAGUGUACCCCUGCUUUCUCGCUCCCCCGAACCCAGCUCUAUUCCUUUUUUCUCUGGAUUCCAAUCGACCAGAGUCAGCACUAAGUUUCCUGGCUACGGAAAAAAUUUGAAGAAACGUCCAAAGCCGAUGGUCGUUGUUCCAAAUUAUCGAUCUGCUGGCUCAAGUAUUAAAAUGCUCAGACAAAUGUCACAACAGCCGAGCUAUGGCAAUUUCCGUAGAAGCUUCGAUUCAAGUCUCUCAUUGUCAGAGGACCACGCCGACGAAAUGUCUCUGAGGUCGAUCCUCGCGCAAGAAGAUAUGCGGGGUGAAGCUACUGGCAACAGGUUUUCCAGGGGUUUGAAAAAUCUACGGUACCUGCCACAGAAUAUGCUCUCCAAAAGAGUAAACCAAAUAAGGGCCAGAUUUUCAGACACUUAUGAUGACCAAGAAAGUGAUCUGGAUAGCAGCUUUUCAAGCGCUUGGUCGCUCAGCUCCGAAUCAGUGAGAUCUUCGAUUUCAGAUCUCUACUCUCUAGGAAGAAAUAAGAAGAAUACACAUAAAAGGAAUUCCAGCGAUGGAAUCGCCGCACUCCUCAUCAGAUCGGUCCAUGCAGGACUUGCCCUUGACAGUGUAAUGGAAGACCACGAGACUCCGGCGCCAUCGCCCAGUAGAAUUAUAGAUUCUUCGGAAGUAGAAGAUGCAGAUUCGAAGACAGAUGAACAAAAAAGCUGUCGGCGAAAGGGUAUGAAAGAGGACGGCGAUGCCGGACAGCUUUCCGCGUCAAAAAAGUUUGCUCAGGAUUUAGCUAAGGGCAUCAGGAUUUCUAUUUCUACCUCAGAAUCGGAAACUGAGAGUUCCGAGGAAGAACCUUCGGAAUCCAGCACCAAUUACAACAUUCUCGACGACUCAUUGACUACCGGAGAACCCCGGACUUCUUCAACGGUGGCUGUAGAUCAUCCAGAUUCUAAAGGGACGAAAGAUGCAAAUCAGGGAAAUUUUUUUAAUUACGAAGGAACUCUGAGCGGAGAGAAAAAAAAUGUUUCUGCAUCCAGUGAGCCGAGUUCAUCGAGCGGCGAGAGUCGAGGAUCGGAUAUUUGGUUCGAUAAAAGAAAUUCUAACGAAGAGGCAGAACUGCUUCCUCAAAAUGAUCCAACGUUUGUUAAGAACUUUGGAAUUCUGGAUAUCCCGCAGGUCGAGUUAGCGAACGAUUCUAAUUCCAGCCGCGAUUCAAUCGGAUCCAUUGCUCGGGAAAUUAUCGGUGGGAUGGAAUUGACGGAAAUAUCUAACGGCGACACGAUCGCGAUCACAUCAAGUAUGACGGCGAAGCAAACGGAGUUCCUCGAAAGGCAGGAGCACUUCGAUGACCUCGAGGACUCUAAACCCGCAGCGGCUAGCACUCCGACCGAGGAGAAAGGAUGCGAUAACUUUUUUCCAGAUGUUAAUCCUUGGGCGGAAGUGAAAACCGCGAAUCUGCAGAGAUCGGUGAGCCUCAAUGAAAGAGCUACCGGGAAAUUUACAACCCCGUGCACGAUUGGACUGAAAAAAAAGUCCGAGUCAUUUAAGACUGAGCCGAAAAGAAAAUUGAGCAUUUUCAGAACCCUAAACUUAUCGCCGAGUCCGGGUAGACGCAAUCUUGGUAGCAGGGAAUCGCAAGGAGAGGGUAAGUUCCUCGACGAUUCUCCACCGAAGUUGAAUGAAAUUUCUACCCUUGGCGAAACUACGCGAAAGAAUGCUCCAGCGAAAGAAGCCAACAGAAACAUUCUACCCAGAAAUCAGGAUAAAAUUAAAAACUUCGUUUCGCGCGGGGAGAAGUCAUCGGAAAAACGAGAAAAGUCAUCGAGAAAAGUGGAAAGGAAUGAGACCGUCAUUUACCGCGGAGCACAAAAAGAUUUGCAGAGGACAUCAGUUGUGUCGGGGGAAAAAGAAGUUACCGAAAGGGUUCUCUCAACGCCGCAGACUUUGCCGAAGCCGAAACCGAUUUCCAUCGUAGUCGCAGCUCCAUCGGUAGAAGAUGAUCACCGUCACCUUGCGGUACCUUUAUUAAAAGUAACGGACGCGAAUACUAGAAGUAAUUUCACUAACGAAGAGUCCGAAAGCUCAAGUGAAAGGAUGCAGCGUCUAUCUUCCGUUUCCGAAUCAAAUCUAGAGGCAGAGAGAUCUCGUCAUCAUAAACAUAAGCAGCAGUGCAUGCUUGAACUGAUUAAAAUAAUCGACACUAAAAUGCUCGUCCACUCAGCGGUCAGUCACAAUGGAAAGGAUUCAUCGAAGAGCAAAAAGCGAAGAAAGGACAAGGUGGCCGCGAGCUUGAGUCCCUCGCCGGAUUCGCUCCGGAAGUUACGAACUCGGAGGAAAAAAUCCAGAUCAAAAUCACCAGAAGUCUCUUCUCUGCAAAGUUACGGAACCGGCUCUUCUAUCACCCGACUGAAUUGCUCCUCAGUUUCCUCAGGAUCCCGGCAUGCCCUACCCAUUGCUUCUGAUCCAAAUAGUAACGAAGCAGCUGUUACAGUCGAUAGGGAAAAGCACCCCGAUGCAUUUUCAGAUAUGAAUGAAAAUUCUCCGACCGUUCGUAAUUCUGGAAGCUUGGAUGUAGUCGGGAACAAUUGUAACACCUCGGAAGAGUCGAAUCCGCCUCGGGACGUUGGAUUUCCUAGUAUUUGUUUGCACGUCGAGGAAUAUGACCCAGAAGGCUCUUCCGAGGUUGACGAUAAUCGCGAAAUCGCCGCUGAAUCGUUAGCUUCAAAACCAUUAAGGGAAUGCCUCCCUGUCGAUCAUAAUGAUUAUGACAAUAAUAGUGUGUCUAACGUAGAAUUGCGUGAUUUUGAUUACCGAUUAGAAUCUUCUCGUUCGGAUAAACGUUGUAUCACUAACGUUAGUAAUCAGUUAUUAACGCCGAAUAAAUUGACCAUCGUCUCGGUGGUGCGCAAAAGCCACAGCGAGUGUAACUUGAGGGAGGUGCAAGACGAUGUUAAUAUUACUAACUCUACUAAUACCGCUAAUAAAACUGACAACUCGUGUGUGCCUUGCUAUCCCGAUCCUCCUAGGCACCAGACGGAAGGAGGCGCCCUGCCCGCUACCCCCAGCCCGGCGCCCCCAACGACGCCACAACCCCCGGGCUUAGCCACAAAAAUGUCAAAGUCACCCGUUUCUAAGGCCAAUACGGCUGUACCGAUACACAGGAGAUCCAGUGACUCUGAUCUCAGUAUUACGCCGAAAGGUAACUCAUUAACCGGAAGCGACAGGUCUUCUAUGGGGGGUUACCUAAGACCCGUCCCUGCGGUCGUUAGACCGAUGAACCAGGAAGCACUUGACAUGCUAGAAUACCCGUUCAUUACCAUGCAGCAAUACCCACCCGGCUUUAUACUUCAUUUAGGCGGUACCGUUAGCGCGAGGUCCGUAAAACUUCUAGAAAGAAUAAGUAACCUGGAAGAACCGGAAAGUCGGGAUGCAUGGUGGACCGAAAUUCGCAUGGAAGUUCGAUCUCACGCGAGAGCCCUCGCCUGCAACGUUGUCCUUGGAUAUCGAGAGGAAACUAGCAUAUGCGACGACGUCUGCGUUUUAAGUGCAGCUGGUACAGCGGCGGUAAUAAAUUUACAAAACACAUCGCAGGAACUAGAAAAUCCUAUGAUAAGUCGUAUGCACCCCAGAGAAAUUACGACAACGUCACUGGAUAGAACAGAUUUCGAGAGGGAGAAAGCUCAACAAAGUAAAACGGCCUCGGCUGCCGCUACGAAGAAUGAAAAAAGUGACAAAAAUGAGAAAGCUGAGAAGGCUGACAGAGCGGAGAGACUCGAUAGGAGUGAGAAAAAUGAUAAGAAUGACAAAAACGAAGAAGCUGUAGCCCGUGAUGUGAACGGGGAAACUAAUAAAGGCAAACAAUCGGAAACUGAACAUUCAACGCCACAUCUUCUUUCGAUUCCGACGAGCACUUGCAGCGUUUGUCACCUACCGUAUAGCGAAAAUAGCGUACCUUUUAGGGUGAAAGUACUAAAAUGCGCCAUUUGUAGACGAGGAAAAGUUCCCGACAUUCUCUUCACUACCAUCGAACUCCCUGAAAGUAUUCCAAUAAUCGGAAGGGGUUGCUUCGUGCAGGCGACCGUAUGUAGACCGAAAAGGGAUCUCAGGGGUGAACUGAACGCCAAGGAAAUUUCGGACGGUCUCCCAUUCCUCGAAUACGAGCUGCACAGUCUCCUGUUGAAUAAAAUCAAGGUCAAAAGUAUGAACGCCUUGUUCGGUUUGAGAGUGCAGGUCUCCAUCGGAGAAAGACUCCUCAUCGGAAUGGCAACUGGUACUGCAGUUUAUUUAGCACCCCUUCCAACCCCCGCAGUUCCGAAAGUAACAGCGGGAAACUCUUGGAACGACGAACAGAAAUUGGCUGACAUUCAAAAAUCCCUGAUCGACACCGUCAAGAAGAACCGAGAAUUUUAUCAGCUAAAAUCUUUAACGGAUUCGGAAAAUGGUCGUACGGCUACUUCCGAUACGGAUGACUCGGAAGAGGAAAUGCCGGAAAUUGAUUUGGGCGUAGGCAAUAAAGACGCGUGUGUCUUGGAGGUCGACGAUAUGGAGGAGGUCGAUAAAAUUUCAAUGCUCAUGGAGAGCAGACCACCUGAAGGUUUCCACGUCGUCAAUACUCAGACAAUCCCGGGCCUCGAAGACCUCGAGAUCGUUAGAAACCUUCAAAUGUUCACUCAGCUAUGGCGCGCUAAAAUACCCGUCGGUCAGCCUGCCUCGGUGUCUACGAAAUAUUUUGGAAGAUUGUUACAGAGCGUCUAUUUUAAAUUGAGAAAAAUGGUACCCUGUGCUCUUUGCGAUCUCCAAUUCAAAGUGGAACUUCCGGAACCGGAUGAGAUCCAACUGUCGGUUGUUGGCAUGGCUCUCGGGCUUGGCGAGCCUACUAAAAUGAACAAGUACAAAAGAAAAAUCUUGGCACACUCCAUAAGCAGAGACCAGGUUCAAAAAUCAGAUGACAACGACCUCAUAUUCAGCCUCGACGAAGAUAACGUUGUACCUGAAAAUUCGGCGAUUAAUUCGGUGAGCAAUUUCGUAAUGCCAAACGUUUCUGCGUUGCAUUCGACCACACCUACCGGAAGUUUCGUACAGCGUACUCGUCCUCGAUCACCCUUAAGAGCGAGAGUACACACCUUGCAUAAACACAGACAUGUACCUCUGAAGGAGAGAUACGGCGUAGACAUAACACCGCUGUCUUAUAUGCCGGGUGGAAAGAUCGAGAGGUAUCUUGGAAAUUUGAACUUUUUCUUCAUCAGAGAAAGUACGGCUAUACGAGAGGGCGGCGGGCUUAGCGGAUUUGUUCAUAGCUUUGUCACGGAAGUUCUUGCGAUCGUUCGAGCUCAUGUGACCGCACUAGGAGGAAACGCCAUGGUCGCCUAUUUUAUGACCGAAUGCGUUCUCGCGCACAGCCCCCAUAAAAAUCAGGGUCAGUGCUUGAUAAACGUUGGCGGUGAUGUAGUUUUCGUUUCUUACUUCGCGGAAGAUAAACAUCAGGGUACCUCAGUGGUCUGACAUCAACUUCCAUCUUCGGCGCCGCCCUAGCCGAACGAGAAUCGUGGUCCGUUCUCAAUCCUCACAACGGUCUUUGACUUUCCAGAUAUAUCGGAAUCUACAGCUGAGGAUUCGUGAAAAAAAAAAACAAAGAAAAAAAAAAAAUAGGGGUCGAAGUGGCGACUCUAAUAUCUUACCUACCCACCCUUAUCCCUUCUUUCUUCCUCUUAAUCCGAAUUUCACUACAUUCUCUUUUAUUUUCCUCUACUUUGCUUUCGUCUGUUUUCCACCCCGAAGCUGCAUAACUGAAGCGAGUGAAGGUAUAGUUACAAGGAUUUUUAUCUAGCUCAACGGGUAAGGCAAUCACGAUAAUAUCACAGUUGUGCGACAGCACGUUGAUAUUUAAUAUAAGUUUGAAUGUAUAGCAAGGAUUAUUCAUAUUAUGUCCGCGCUCUGGGAAUUACUUGAAGAGUAUGCAAUAACGAAAUAAGAGAGGAUCGGCUUUCAGGGAUUUGGGGGAGGUUUUCUAGUCCAGCAAUAAAAAAGAAAAAGGAGGGGAAUUAAAAUUUAAGAAAAAAAUUAAGAAAAAUGGUGCUGUUUCCAAAUAAUAAACCGACGUUUGAUAGUGUACCCGAUCAUUAAUACCUAUUACGCGUAGUUUUUCAUGUGAAUUAUACAUGUACAUCGUAUGAAUUCUAUUUUUAGAAAAUUUCUAACUUAGAAAUAAUCAACCAGUGGGGAUUUCCCGAACGCUCAUCUUACACCUACUUAUAAUUUUGAUUAAAUUUUAAUCUCGAUUUUUUUUUUUGUUUUUUUGUCGUGAUCUUCGGAAUCAAAAAUCGUUGAAUUCGUUGAUCGUAUUAUAAUUGCGACAAUCGUGCCAAAAUCUGCCGUCAUUUUUAGAGCCUGGAAACAGAGAGCGAAAUUCUGAGGCUAUUUCCAAUUUAUUUUUUUGACAAAGCUAGUAUUAAACCAAAUCAUAGAUUCGCAAUAAGAUUUGCUCGGUGUACUUUGCUCUCUCUUUCUCUCUUCUUUGAUAAAAAAAAAAAAAAUAUCACGCUCUCUUUGAUUAAAGUAAGCAGCCAUCGUUUCAUGUAUUAUUGAGUCAGGAAAAAAUCAACAGCGACAACAGCAGUUUUUUUUCUUUAUCGAUUCUGUCUCAUCAUUUUUUUCAUCUGUUAAUUUUCUUGAAUAUAUCAGACAUCACGCAGACGUCUCGAAGUCCAUUACAAUAAUAGGCUCAACAAAUAGUUCAUUGCUAGAUUCUCCAUAAAACUUUCUCAAUUAUCUGCAAGUUUAGUUGCUCCAAAUUAGAUCGCUACGUCGUCAUAGCCUGCGAAAUAAUGAAUUUGGAAUGGUGCUAUAUAAUUAUAAUGACUACACGACACCCGAAAAAUGGGCAUUUAAAACUGUAAGCUAAUCUAUUAACAAUUACGAACGACGAGCUCAAAGGAAAUACAAUAACGGAUAAAAUAUAAAGAGAAAGAACGGAAAAAUAAGUGAAAUAAUAAUGUGAGAAAAGCAGAAGAAAAAAAAAAAGAAUUAAAUCACUCAGGUAUUGUGACUGUUAAUUAAUUGUGCGUGUGGGUUUGCAGAUGAUUAAUUAGAACAUAUUAAUGGAUCGGUUUCAAUAAUAUAACCCCGAUAACGGGGAAUAUUAUUAACGUAAUUGCAUGAAUAUUAGAUCCUAGAUAAGUUUACCGAAUAUAACAUACAAUAAUUAUAAGUUAAAUGAUCGAUUGUAAUAUACACAUUAUGAUGUUCACAUGUAAAAAUAUACCAUCUGUUCUAUAGUAUAAGAAUAAUACAUACCCCAUCAGGAUUACGCCAAUA